GUACUCUUGGUUUUUCAAAAUUAACAAUCGUGUUUUGAAUUUAUCAAUAAGGAAAAAAAAUUUACUCAACACUCACAAUGAAAAGGACCCAGAAUAAACGAUCAGGUUCAGGAUUACCGAGAGGUGUGAGCUUGAAAAAACCGUUUGACUUUUGCUGUGACGUCAAGAAUCAAGACUUGGACACUCGGUAUGACAGGAGACAGCCACCGUUCAAGUCGUCACUGGAAAACAUAUUUUUAAACGGUGGAGGACCAGACUUGAAACUGCGAAUUCAGGAUAUUGGCAAACCUCCAUAUCCGAUUCGCAGAGAGGGUCGAAAGACAUUGAUCGGGGCCCCGAUGGGUGAGUGUAACAGAUGUCGAGGCCCGUUGAAAUGGUACCUCGAAGAUGAAAUAUCUCUUGCACGCGACUUACUAGCUCACGACCGACAAACCAAGUACAAUGCAGAUGCUAACAAGCACGUUAAGAUCGCUUUGGAAAAAGCAAGAAGAAAAAAGAAACUAAUGAAGAAACAGAGGCAAAAGAAGGUGAACUAGGAUGGAGUAUGUGACGUGAUAUAGAGGAUUUGGAGGUACUCGAGAUUAUUUUGUAAUUCUCACGAUUCUUUACAAUCUUGACCGAUCGAUACAUCGAAUUCUUAUUUCCAAUGCUAUGGAUCUCAGGAAUUUUAUAUAAGCGUUUGUUCUUUUCUUAUCCAUAAACAACGAAAUAGAUGAGCAAUAAAAUUUUUCAAACCUUCUUUUACGCCUUAGUAAUAUAUUCUCUCGAUGUAAAAUUGCCACAUAAAACAAACUGGAAACAAAAAUAUAUAUCUAUAGCAUGUGAUCACAAAUUUUUUGUCCACAACAUAUCCUGUGUUGUCUGUUGAUAUAAUAUAAUAUAAUACAAUACAGCCAAACAUUCUCUCCUUUGAGAAAGCGUUCUUGGAUACAAUAAGUAUAUAAUAGCAUUGUUAAGUGUAAAUAUUUCUCAACAAGAAAGCUUUGAUGCAAUUGAGAAAAAAAAAUAAAAGUUACAGAAUGAAGAAAAAUAACGAUAGUACAAAAAAUACCAAAUGAACCGGCAACAGAAAAGAAUAACGGAUGACUAUUAAGAAAACAAUUAGAUACUGCGAAAUAAACUGUGUAAUGGCAAACACAAGUGUAUUGCCAUAAUUAGUCAUCGUCACACAGAGGAACUUUUAAUAUAUCACAUUAACAUAUCAUUACAGAACAACAGAAUUCAGCGGUUUAUUUGCACAAGUUCAUUGUGUGAAUACUGCCGCUGCAGCUUCUGAAUGAGUAUGUAAAUAUAUACCACAGCAGUCACAGAGAAAGUCAAAAGAUAUGAAUUUAUAAUAUAUGUGUAUAUAUAUUUAUGUGUUGUGCGGAGCCAUAAAUUUCACUGUCGAUGCGAUUCUAUACUACAUCAAUUCUGAAAUUUUGUUUUUCCUCUUUAUAUCAUUCUGUACAUUUACAAGAUAUUGGGCCAACUUUCUAUAAGUGAAAAGUAUACCUGAACGUCAACAGAAUAUAUUUUUGUUUUCUGCAAUCAAAUAUUGUAAAAAAAAAAAUGUUUUAUUAACAAUGUUGUUUUCUCUAAAGUUUGUGCAAAGCAAGUUUGAAAAAACUAGACUGUGCAAAAAAAAAAAAGAAAAAACUUUUUGGCACAAUUUAUCGCUGCGUAAUGUACCACCCAACACUUCGAAAUUUCGGAAGGCACAAAGUAUUUAAAUUUAACAAAAAUUGUUUGGAAGAAAUAAAAAAGAAAUACAAAGUUAUAAUCCAAUUGUUAAAAAUUAGGACAUGCUAAGAUUAGCUUAAUUACACCUGAUCGAGGACUAAUUGCAUCACUAUAUGUUCUUAAAAUAUUAAAGAUAACGCAUAAUUCUAACAAUGGCAUACACAUAAAAAAAAUUUCACUUCGAUCAAAUGUUACAUCACUAGAAAACAGCUUUGAAUACUUGUAAGUUAAAAAGUACUAACUAUAACCGAAAAUAAGUCUGUUGAAUUAAUAAAAAUAUAUUAAUGAAGCGGGUA